AGGGAUGUGAUUGUUUCUUUUUUUUUUGGUCCUUCAUGUUAUAUACAGUCUCUUCAUUUCAGACUCGCCGCCCUUCGUGUACCAUACACGUGCCGCAAUGUAACCGCAAAGACACUUCUAAAUUAAGAACCCGUCCCCACUUCACACGUGGAACAACUUCUCCAUCUCAGCAUCUCGGUAACGUAAAAGUUCGAGAGCACAUUCAAAUUUCUCUUCGUAUCAACGGUCGAAUCCACUUUACCAUCCACAAUCUCAGCCGUAAGAUCAUAAAACAUGUUCGACAUUUAAAGCUUCUCUGUCUCGAACAAGACGAGCUCUCUCUCUUCCUGAGUACUGUCUCUUUUCUCUCUCUUAAGAACACAGUAAGAGAAAAUAAUAUAAAAUAAGGCGUUUCUCUCUCUCAUUUUAUAUAAUCUGAGCAGACAAAUAGCUCUGACACAUUUUGCUUCAUUAGAGGAGAGAGAAGGACCUCUGCAUAGAGAGGAAGAAGAUUUGAUUUUUGAAUCUUGUUGUGAUUGUUUUCACUGCAUUAUAUACUCUUGUGUCCGGUAGUGUUAAAGAUCGAGCUUUUCUAGUUGGGUUUGGUUUUUUCAAAUCUCAUCCAGUUCGGUCCUCGCGUUUAUAUUUUUCUAGUGAUUUCGACCGUUUUGAUGUCUGCUUGUCUAUGAGAAAACAAAAAGGGUUCCUCCUGGGCAUUUAUUAUUUUUGAAAGAGUUCUUUUUGUUUUUCUGGUCGUUGUUGUUUAGCAUUGAAGAUCAGACUAGUGUUGAUUGCUGAUUUUGGAGGUAUGCCUUCCAGUUUAGAAAAGACUGAAGUUUGAAGAUUAAGUUUUAGUUUUUUAUGGGUUGCUGAUUCUUAGAAGCAUCUUCUGCUUGCAAUUGGAGAGAAAGGGACAGAGAGGUUUGAAGAUCAAGCUAUGUAUGAGCUGCUUUCCGGAGAAAAGGACAAAAUUCUAGUUCCUGAGGCUUAAAGAAAAGAGAAGAUACUGUUAGUGUUGACUGUAGAGAUAGAGAAGGCCAUUUUCAUGGUGGCUGUGGAUGGUGAAGGGGCUUUGUGAGCGUUGAUGAAAGUCAAAAGCAAUUUGAGGCAUUUCUAUUUCUUUUUAGCAUUUUGGAGUUCAGAAUUGUCUUAAGAUAUUUUGGUGCAGCAGCUCUUGUGACAAAUCUGAUACACACCGUACAGAAAUCAUGGUGGAAGAUAGAGGAAAAGCAGUAAUAGAAGAAGAUAUUCAAUCAGUCGAAGAUUGGUUAUCGCAUGCUCAAGAGCUUGUGCCCUUGGCACUUGAUAAGGCCAGAGAGGUUAAGGGCUUUCCUGGUAGGUGGAAGAUGAUAAUUUCCAAGUUGGAGCAGAUCCCAUCGCAUCUAUCGGAUUUGUCGAGCCACCCUUGCUUCUCCAAGAAUGCACUUUGCAAGGAACAGUUGCAGGCUGUGUCAAAGACACUGAAAGAAGCAAUUGAAUUAGCAGAGUUGUGUGUGGGUGAGAAGUAUGAGGGGAAACUUAGGAUGCAGAGUGAUCUUGAUGCUUUAUCUGGAAAAUUGGAUUUGAAUUUACGAGAUUGUGGGCUUUUGAUCAAGACUGGGGUGCUUGGUGAAGUUACUUUGCCAUUAGCUGUGGCUGGUUCAUCCACAGAACCCGAGGCUGCAAUUCAUAGUAACAUAAGAGAAUUGUUUGCUCGGCUUCAGAUCGGCCACUUGGAGGCAAAGCACAAAGCUCUUGACAGCCUUGUUGAGGUCAUGAAAGAGGAUGAGAAGACUGUUUUGGCUGUUUUGGGGCGGAGCAAUAUUGCUGCUUUAGUCCAACUGCUGACAGCAACCUCUCCUCGAAUGCGGGAAAAGACUGUUACCGUAAUCUGCUCCCUCGCAGAAUCUGGGAGUUGUGAAAAUUGGCUUGUUUCAGAAGGUGUCUUGCCUCCUCUCAUAAGGCUUGUUGAGUCGGGUAGCAUAGUGGGUAAAGAGAAGGCUACAAUCUCACUUCAGAGAUUGUCAAUGUCAACAGAAACAGCCAGGGCGAUUGUUGGACAUGGUGGGGUUAGACCACUGAUUGAAAUCUGUCGAACUGGUGAUUCAGUAUCACAGGCUGCAGCUGCUUGUACUCUGAAGAAUAUAUCAGUUGUUCCGGAGGUUAGACAAAAUCUAGCUGAAGAAGGAAUUGUUAAAAUCAUGAUCAAUCUCCUUGAUUGUGGAAUCCUACUAGGAUCUAAAGAAUAUGCAGCAGAAUGCUUGCAGAACCUCACUGCAACCAAUGACAAUCUGAGGAGGAUUGUUAUUUCGGAAGGUGGAAUACGAAGUUUAUUGGCAUAUCUUGAUGGUCCACUGCCCCAAGAAUCUGCAGUUGGGGCAUUGAGAAACUUGGUUAGUUCAGUCUCUAUGGAACAAUUGGUUACUCUUAAUUUCCUCCCUCGCUUGGUUCAUGUCCUUAAAUCCGGAUCACUGGGUGCACAACAAGCUGCUGCUUCUGCAAUUUGUCGAGUCUGCAGCUCAACAGAGAUGAAGAAAUUGGUAGGGGAGGCUGGAUGCAUUCCUCUGCUCAUCAAAUUACUUGAGGCAAAAUCAAACAGUGUUAGAGAGGCUUCAGCACAGGCAAUUUCGAGUUUGGUGAGCCUCCCACAGAAUUGCAGGGAAGUUAAGAAAAAUGAUAAAAGCGUGCCAAAUCUGGUGCAAUUGCUUGACCCGAGUCCACAGAACACAGCAAAGAAGUAUGCAGUGUCCUGCCUUGCAUCUCUAUCUUCAAGCAAGAAAUGUAAAAAGCUAAUGAUUUCCUACGGAGCAAUUGGGUAUCUCAAGAAGCUGACGGAGAUGGACAUUCCAGGGGCUAAGAAACUGCUUGAGCGGUUGGAAAGAGGGAAAUUAAGAAGUUUGUUCAGCAGGAAAUAGAGGAAAUGUUGCGACUCUUCUUUUGUGUAUGAUAAAUUCCCUUAAUGUAAUAUGUGUUUCAUUUUCUGUAUGAAACAAGGUAGUGAAUGAAAAACUAGAGCACUAAAAGGUGUGCUAAUCUACGCAAUUAGAGUUAUAUUUAUAUGAAAAUAUUAAGAUUGCUCUA